AUGAGAAGGGACAGAGAAGAUAGAAAUAGGAGGAAUGAUGGGGGAGCAAAUGUGGCAAAUCCGAAUAGAAAUGAAGGUAGAUUUCGGGCAGAACAUAGGAAUGAAGGGUAUGAAGAAGAUGAAUGGAAUGAUGAUGAGUAUGAUGAAGCUUAUGACUAUGGCAACUACCAUUAUGGCGGAAGAGGGCAUAGACCACCUAGGGGUAGAGGGCCUAGGGGAAGAAGGGGUGGCAGAAAUUUUAGGUUCGGUGAUCAUUGGGAUAGAGAUGGGAAUGAUGAGAGAGUUGAUGGGAAUUUAGCUAGUAUAAAAAUGCAAAUUCCACCUUUUCAUGGGAAGGAUAAUCCAGAUGUUUAUUUGGAGUGGGAGAGACAGGUGGAGUUGAUUUUUGAGUGCCACCAUUAUUCUGAAGAAAAGAAAGUGAAGUUAGCAGCUGUAGAAUUCAAAGAGUAUGCAAUUGUAUGGUGGGAUCAGUUGUUGAGUAGGAGGAGGAGAAAUGGGCAACGAACCGUGGAGACAUGGGACGAAAUGAAGGGAAUCUUAAGAAACAGGUUUGUGCCACCUUACUACCACAGAGAGCUGCUUCAAAGGUUACAAAAACUCACUCAAGGUACUAAAAGUGUCGAAGAAUAUUACAAGGCCAUGGAGAUAGCUUUGAUUAGAGCUGAUGUUGAGGAGGAUCGGGAAGCUACAAUGGUUCGCUUUUUGAAUGGGUUAAAUCCUGAAAUUGCUAAUAUUGUGGAGCUGCAACCUUAUGGUGGGAGCUGUUGUAAUGUGGCUAGUUCACUCUUGGUGGACAAGUUGGGUUUGCCUACUACUACACAUCCAAAACCAUAUGGGUUGCAAUGGUUAAAUGAUUGUGGGAAGUUGAGGGUUACAAAACAGGUGGUUGUGCCAUUCACCAUUGGCAAGUAUAAUGAUGAGGUACUUUGUGAUGUUGUACCUAUGGUUGCUACGCAUCUUUUGUUGGGCCGUCCAUGGCAGUAUGAUAGAAGUGUUGUGCAUGAUGGUAGGAAGAACAGGUACACGGUCACUAAGGAAGGUCGAACAUACUCAUUGCUUCCUAUGACACCAGGUCAAGUGCAUGAAGAUCAAAUGAGGAUUCUUAGAUCCAUUGAAGAAAAGAAAGAAACUUGGAGAGAAAAACUUAGAGAGGCCGAGCUGGAUGAGAGUGAAAAGAAAGAGAAGAGAGAAGAAAAAGAGAGAAAAAGAGAAAUAAAAGAAAAGAAAAUGAGAGCAAAUGAGAAAAAGGAAAGCUCGGGGCAAAAGGAGAGUGGAGAGAAGAGAAUGAGUUUGUAUGUGAAGGAAAGAGAAGUUAGAGAGGCUUUACAUUCAGGAAGACCUCUUUGUGUACUUAUGUACAAGGAGGUUAAUUUAUGUGUUACUGACCUUGAUUCACAUUUGCCUAGUGAUGCUUUGUCUCUUAUACAGGAAUAUGAAGAUGUCUUCCCGAAUGAGUUGCCACCAGGAUUGCCACCUAUCAGAGGGAUUGAGCACCAGAUCGACUUGGUACCUGGAGCACAAAUACCGAAUAGACCAGCAUAUAGAACAAAUCCUAAAGAAACAAAGGAGUUACAAAGGCAAGUGGAGGAGCUUAUGGAGAAGGGCUAUGUUAGGGAGAGCAUGAGCCCAUGUGCUGUACCUGUGUUGCUAGUGCCAAAGAAGGAUGGGAGUUAUCGCAUGUGUGUGGAUUGCAGAGCCAUCAAUAAAAUCACUGUAAAGUAUAGACACCCAAUCCCUCGCCUUGAUGAUAUGCUUGAUGAGUUGCAUGGUGCAAGUGUGUUUUCUAAGAUAGAUUUGAAAAGUGGUUACCACCAAAUAAGAAUGAAAAUUGGUGAUGAGUGGAAAACUGCUUUCAAAACUAAAUAUGGGUUGUAUGAAUGGAUGGUGAUGCCAUUUGGGCUCACAAAUGCUCCUAGCACUUUUAUGCGUUUGAUGAAUCAUGUGUUGAGGAAUUUCAUUGGAAAAUUUGUUGUUGUGUAUUUUGAUGACAUUUUGAUUUACAGCAGUAACAUAGACGAGCAUUUGCAUCACUUGAGACUUGUUUUUGAUGUGUUGAGAAAUGAGAAAUUGUAUGCGAAUGCGAAAAAGUGUUCAUUUUGCUUGGAUAAGGUUGUUUUUCUUGGUUUUGUUGUAAGUAGUAAAGGUGUACAGGUUGAUGAAGAGAAAAUCAAGAAGUUUCCAUGGAUUGGCUAG